UUCGCUUCUUAUUCAAAAUGGCUGAUCAAGCUCAAAGAAAGAGAACCUUCCGUAAAUUCAGCUAUCGCGGUGUUGACCUUGAGCAGCUCUUGGACUUGUCCUCUGAGCAGUUCAUGGAGCUCGUCCACUGCCGUGCUCGCAGAAGAUUCCAGCGCGGUCUUAAGCGCAAGCCUAUGGGUCUCAUCAAGAAGCUUCGUCAGGCCAAGAAGGAAGCUGCUGCUGACGAGAAGCCCGCCGUUGUCAAGACUCACCUCCGUGAUAUGAUCAUCGUUCCCGAAAUGAUCGGUUCCGUUGUCGGUAUCUACAACGGUAAGACCUUCAACCAGGUCGAAAUCAGACCUGAAAUGGUCGGUUUCUACCUUGGUGAAUUCUCCAUCACCUACAAGCCCGUUCGUCACGGUCGUCCCGGUAUUGGUGCCACCCACUCUUCCCGAUUCGUUCCUCUCAAGUAA